AUGGAGCGCGCCAGGGGAGCACGCUCUAAGGGUGCUCUCGCUGAGGCCGGGCCCCCCAAUGUUCCGAAAGCCCGUCCGGCUGCUGGUUCGGAAGAUGUGGGCUCCGGGGAGCCCCAGGCUGCCGGGGGCCUGGGUGCCGAAGGUGCUGAGGCCACUUCUGACAGGAGAGGGGCUCGCGGCUCCAGGGCUCGUGGCUCCGGGGCUCGCGGCUCCAGGGCUCGCGGCUCCGUGUCUCGUGGUGGUUCCAGGUCUCGUGGCGGCUCCGUGUCUCGUGGCGGCUCCAGGGUUCGCGGCUCCGUGUCUCGUGGCGGCUCCAGGGUUCGCGGCUCCGUGUCUCGUGGCGGCUCCAGGUCUCGUGGUGGCUCCGGGUCUCGGGGCUCCGGGUCUCGGGGCUCCGUGUCUCAGGGCUCUGGGUCUCGCGGCUCCCCGUCUCGGGGAGACUCCAGGGCUCGCGGCUCUGGGUCUCGGGGCUCCAGGGCUCGGGGAGGCUCCAGGGCUCGCGGCGCCAGGUCUAGGGGCUCCGGGUCUCGGGAAGGCUCCGUGUCUCGCGGCUCCGGGUCUCAGGGCUCCGGGUCUAGGGGCUCCGGGUCUCGGGGAGGCUCCAGGGCUCGCGGAGGCUCCAGAGCUCGCGGCUCUGGGUCUCGGGGCUCCGGGUCUCAGGGCUCCGGGUCUCGGGGCUCCGGGUCUCGCGGCUCCGGGUCUCGGGGCUCCGUCUCUCAGGGAGGCUCUAGUGCUCGCGGCUCUGGGUCUCGGGGCUCCGGGUCUCUGAAAGGCACUAGGGCUCGCGGCUCCGGGUCUCGGGGAGGCUCCAGGGCUCGCGGAGGCUCCAGGGCUCGCGGCUCCGCUUCUCAGGGCUCCGGGUCUCAGGGCUCCGGGUCUCGGGGCUCUGGGUCUUGGGGAGGCUCUAGGGCUCGUGGCUCCGGGUCUCAGGACUCAGUGUCUCGGGGAGGCUCUAGGGCUCGCAGCUCCGGGUCUCAGGGCUCCGGGUCACGGGGCUCCGUGUCUCGGGGAGGCUCUAGGGCUCGCGGCUCCAGGGCUCGUGGUGGCUCCAGGGCUCGCGGCUCUGGGUCUAGGGGAGGUUCCAGGGCUCGCGGCUCCUUGUCUCGGGGCUCUGUGUCUCGGGGCUCCAGGGCUCGCAGCUCCGGGUCUCGGGGCUCCAGGGCUCGCGGCUCUGGGUCUAGGGGAGGUUCUAGGGCUCGCGGCUCCUUGUCUCGGGGCUCCGGGUCUCAGGGCUCCAGGGCUCGUGGUGGCUCCAGGGCUCGCGGUUCUGUGUCUCGGGGCUCUGUCUCUCGGGGAGGCUCUAGGGCUCGUGGCUCCGGGUCUCAGGGCUCCGGGUCUCAGGGCUCCGUCUCUCGGGGAGGCUCUAGUGCUCGCGGCUCUGGGUCUCGGGGCUCCGGGUCUCAGGGCUCCAGGGCUCGUGGUGGCUCCAGGGCUCGCGGCUCUGGGUCUCGGGGCUCCAGGGCUCGCGGCUCUGGGUCUAGGGGAGGUCCCAGGGCUCACGGCUCCGUGUCUCAGGGCUCUGUGUCUCGGGGCUCUAGGGCUCGCGGCUCUGGGUCUCGGGGAGGCUCCAGGGCUCGCGGUUCUGUGUCUCGGGGCUCUGUGUCUCAGGGCUCCAGGGCUCGCGGUUCUGUGCCUCGGGGCUCUGUGUCUCGGGGCUCCAGGGCUCGCGGCUCCGGGUCUCGGGGAGACUCCAGGGCUCGCGGCUCUGUGUCUCGCGGCUCCCGGUCUCGGGGCUCCGGGUCUCAGGGCUCCGGGUCUCGCGACUCCGGGUCUCGGGGCUCCGGGUCUCGGGGAGGCUCCAUGUCUCGGGGCUCCGUGUCUAGGGGAGGCUCCAGGGCUCGUGGCUCCGGGUCUCGGGGCUCCUUGUCUCGGGGAGGCUCCGUGUCUCGGGGAGGCUCCAGGUCUCGGGGAGGCUCCAGGUCUCGGGGAGGCUCCGUGUCUCCGGGAGGCUCCAGGGCUCGGGGAGGCUCCGUGUCUCGGGGAGGAGGCUCCAGGGCUCGGGGCGGCUCCGUGUCUCGGGGAGGAGGCUCCAGGGCUCGGGGAGGCUCCGUGUCUCGGGGAGGCUCAAGAUCUCGGGGAGGCUCCGUGUCUCGGGGAGGCUUAAGAUCUCGGGGAGGUUCCGUAUCUCGGGAAGGCUCCAGGUCUCGGGGAGGCUCCAGGGCUCGGGGAGGCUCCGUGUCUCGGGGAGGCUCAAGAUCUCGGGGAGGCUCCAGGGCUCGGGGAGGCUCCGUGUCUCGGGGCGGCUCCGUGUCUCGGGGCGGCUCAAGAUCUCGGGGAGGCUCCGUGUCUCGGGGAGGCUCCGUGUCUCGGGGAGGCUCCAGGUCUCGGGGAGGCUCCAGGUCUCGGGGAGGCUACAGAUCUCGGGGAGGAUCCAGGGCUCGGGGAGGAUCCAGGGCUCGGGGAGGAUCCGGGACUCGCGGCUCCGGGCCUCGAGGUGGCUCCGGGUCUCGUGGCAGCUCUGGGUCUAGCGGCUCCGGGCCUUGCGGCUCCAGGGCUCGUGGUUCCAGGGUUCACGGCCCCGAAAUUGGCGGUCCCAGGGUUCAUGGCCAGGAGGUUCAGGGCCCCGAAGUUCACAGCCCAGAGAUUUGCAGCCCUGAAGUUAGCGGCCCAGAAAUUCGCGGCCCUGAGGCUCUGGGUCCCGUUGUCCGCAGCCCUGAAAUUUGCGGCCCUGAGGCUCCGGGUGCCGGGGUUCGCAGCCCCGAGGUUUGUGGCCUGGAAAUUCACGGCCCUGAGGCUCCGGGUCCUGUGGUUUGCAGCCCCAAGAUUCGCAGCCCUGAGGCUCCGGGUCUAGUGAUUCGUAACCCCGAGAUUCGCGGCCCUGAGGCUCCGGGUCUAGUGGUUCGCAGCCCUGAGAUUCGCAGCCCUGAGGCUCCUGGUCCCAUGGUUCACAGCCCCGAGGCUUGGGGUCCCGGGGCUCGUGGUCCUGAGGUUGGCGGCCCUGUGGCUCGGGGUUCCAGGGUUCGCGGCCCUGAGGCUCUGGGUCCCGCGGCUCGUGGCCCUGAGGCUAGGGGUCCUGGAGUUCGCAGCCCUGAGGCUAGGGGUCCUGGAGUUCGCGGCCCUGAGGCUAGGGGUCCUGGAGUUCGUGGCCCUGAGGCUAGAGGUCCUGGAGUUCGCGGCCCUGAGGCUAGGGGUCCUGGAGUUCGCGGCCCUGAGGCUAGAGGUCCUGGAGUUCGCGGCCCUGAGGCUAGGGGUCCCGGAGUUCGCGGCCCUGAGGCUAGAGGUCCUGGAGUUCGCGGCCCUGAGGCUAGAGGUCCUGGAGUUCGCGGCCCUGAGGCUAGGGGUCCCGGAGUUCGCGGCCGUGGAGUUCGCGGCCCUGAAGUUCUCGGCCCAGAGGUGCCGGGCAGCUGCCGGCCCAGGCCCCAGGGAAACCGCGGCAGCGGGCUUCCCAGCAGCAGCAAUGUCUUAAAGUCCCUGCGAGUUAGAGUGGGGCCCGAGGGGGCGGCUUUCCCCAGGGGCUACGUGGGUGGCGCAUUUGUCACUCGGCAAAAGGGGGACUCGCGCGCCCUCAAAGGUCUUGACAAGCGCGACACCUGUCGGGAGAAUGUUCGGGAGGCAGCCGGGACCCCUUGA